UUAGCGUUAAGCACGCCCUUCAGGUCAUAAGGCUUUAUCGCGGGGUGCACCAAGAUAGUGACGAGGUAAACUUCACGAUGUCUGUUAUGCCAUUAACAGAUAAUGCUGUCUUUGACUGUGAAUCCCGGUAGGAUAUCAACAUGUCCAAGUUCUUUACUACCUACACAUGUAGGUCUGUCUGGCAACUGUCUCAACCAUGGCAGAAUCUAAUGGAUUCAAGACUCUCGAAGCCAAGUGCUAUUGUGGCUCUGUCCAUUACACAAUCGAUGUACCAGUUUCGAAACUACCCCUACUCACCCAUCUCUGCCACUGCAGCCUCUGCAGGCAUGGCUCUGGUGCGCCAUGCAUCUUCCAUGCUCCUCUGCCAGAUGGAGUGAAACCCAAGUUCGUGGUACCAUCCUCCAGGAGCAAUAUGACGAGCUACGCCAUUGGGAAAAAGGUUGGAACAUGGAACUUCUGCUCGACGUGUGGUUGCCACAUUGCUUCAACUGGGCCGCCCGAGAAUGAGUUCUGGACAGUUGCUUCAUCAAUAUUUGUGAAUGCUUCAGAAUUCUUUGAUGUCCGCAAGCACAUCUUCAGCAACUCCACAAAGGACCGGGGCAUUGCCGAAGCUCUGACACAUACUGGUGGAAAGGAGUUCAUUGACUGGAACCCUUCUGACGACAGCCCCGAGGCAAAGAUCGUUGAAUCUCAUGUGGAAGUUGGGAAGGGCGGCGAAGAACGUCUUCGCGUGGAAUGCGAGUGUAAAGGCGUCUCUUUCACUAUUCCUCGGCCGAGCCAAGAGACCAAGGAGGACAAAUUUUAUUCGCAAUUCGUUUCUCACAGAGACGAUUCUAAAUGGCUUGCGACCUUUGACGCAUGUGAUGAUUGCCGGCUUCACAAUGGGACUAAUGUCGUGGGAUGGACGUUUAUUCCUCUAUCCAUAUGCGAGCCUCGUAUCGAAGACGAUCUCCUCAUUGGGAGCGCUAAGACGUUCAAAUCCUCGGGUGAUGUCGUGAGAUCCUUCUGCGGUACUUGCGGUGCAACUGUUUUCUUCUCUCACGCUUGUCGAAGACCAUCUGAGAACCAGCAUGUUGUCGACCUGGCCACGGGUAUCAUCAGAGCACCUGAGGGUGUAAUGGCAGAGAAGUGGCUCACUUGGCGAGCAAGAUUGGCAUGGGUUGACAGUGGCAAGAGAUUUGAUGAGGAUUUCACUGAAGCACUGCAAGAAGGCAUGAACAAGUGGGUGUUGAAGAGAGAAGGUGUUAUUGAGGAUUAUAAUAUCGGUUGAUGGCUCCGAUCUUCGGAGGUUUGCCGAAGGGCAUGAUGCGUGUUAGUCUUGGGGGGAGUUGGGGUUGUCAGGCAUUUGUUGGUGAUGUUCCAAGUGAUUUACAGCUGCAUGGCGAAACUUCAACAGUCAGAAUAAUAGCAAAUAUUUAUUCCUCUGUUUCCUUAUGAAUUUUUAUUAUAACCUUAGCCAUGGUUAUUAAUCCUAUCAGCGGCAUUCGCCUCCCGAAGCCCGCCCCGUCACUAAGUUCUUAGCGGAAUACCG